GGGGAAUAUUCGGUCACCCUUUCAUCUUCCUCCCUAUCGCUCCCCACGCUGCAAAUCUUCACCAUUAAUCUAUCAAUCACUCCCUCGCAAAAUUAAAGGCCGUUCCUUCAUGAAAUUCGAGAAGCCCUAAACUCACAUUGGGUAUCUACAGUUCCGACAGCCACGUGGCGCCAGCCCAGUUGCGGGACUAUUCGAAUUCGAUUCCUUUCCGGGGCGCAAUGGGGCACGGGAAUUGCUCCAUACUUUUUCUGGGAUUGAUUCAGUGAUUGAUUCGGUUCGUGGUUGAUCACUCAUAUUUGAAAAAGAAAAAGAAAAACAAAUUCAAAAAGAGAUUAUGGAAAUGGGUAUUUAAUGCGAAGAUGCGCAUUGUAAGAAGUCGAACAGUUACAGUUUGCGUAUCCGUGUUUUGCUUCCCCAACGUUUCUUCCCGUCCGUGUUCUUCGAGGAUUCUGCAGUUUCAUUCCCGGGAUUGUUGUUCUUCGAUUUCCGAUCGGUUUCAGAGGGGUCGGAAGGCGAAUCGUUGCACAGAGUCAAUAAAUUAUCUACUACAUACUGUUGAUACUAUGGACGGAGAAAAAGUGGAGUUGGAGAGGGCUAGCAGCAGUGAGGGUGACAAACAUCCUCUUGUGUGGUCGUCUCCCCAAGGAGGACAGAAAAUUGAUAUAGGAAAACAGAUCUUUUGCAAUAGAUCUCUGAAUAUGAGGAACAUUGUUGCUGUGGGGUUUGAUAUGGAUUAUACGUUGGCACAAUACAAACCAGAGACAUUUGAAUCACUAGCCUAUGAAGGCACUGUCCAAAAGCUUGUCAAUGAUUUGGGAUACCCUACCGAGUUGUUAAGCUGGACUUUUGAUUGGACUUACAUGGUUCGAGGACUGGUUCUAGAUAAAAAGAGGGGGAAUAUAUUGAAGAUGGAUCGUCACAAGUAUGUAAAGGUUGCUUAUCAUGGAUUUAGAGAGCUGUCAAAGGAAGAGAAAACGGCCACAUAUGGAAGUACAUUGAUCCGUGAUGCAUUUGAUGAGCCUGAAUAUGCUCUGAUUGAUACCCUUUUCUCCCUUGCCGAGGCUUAUUUAUUCGCACAACUUGUUGAUCUGAAAGAUAGCAGUCCCGAGAAAAUUACUGCAGAUUACUCCCAUAUAUAUAAAGAUGUUCGAGCUGCAGUUGAUUUGUGCCAUCGUGAUGGAACAUUAAAGAAAAUGGUUGCCAAAGAUCCUGGAAGAUACAUUAACGAGGACCCUGCAAUUAUUCCCAUGCUAAAGAUGCUCAGAGAUUCUGGCCGCCAUACAUUUCUGGUGACAAACAGCCUAUGGGAUUAUACAAAUGUUGUCAUGAACUUCCUCUGUGGGGAAAAAACUGAGGAUGAUUGUGGCACCUUGAACUUUGACUGGCUUCAGUAUUUUGACGUCGUUAUUACUGGCAGUGCAAAACCAGGUUUUUUCAAUGAUGUAAACCGUGCUAAUCUUUUCCAAGUUGACACCGAGACAGGGAUGCUUCUUAAUACAGAUAAUGGAACUCCUAUGCCUCAGGUAGAUACUUCUCUAAGGUUGCCUCUGAAUAACCAGGACAACAGAUUACAAGUUUUCCAGGGAGGAAACGUUGGUCAUCUACACAAAUUACUUUCUAUAGAGUCAAGCUCCCAGGUACUCUAUGUUGGUGAUCACAUAUAUGGAGACAUAUUGCGCAGCAAAAAGGUUCUCGGUUGGAGAACAAUGCUUGUUGUUCCGGAGCUUGAGAAGGAAGUUGAAAUUCUCUGCACCUUGAGGGAUGCACGGAAGCAACUUCAGCAAUUAAGGCGUGAUCGCGAUGAGAUUGAAGACCAGAUACAUCAUAUUAAGUGGUCGCUCAGGUUUGAUGAAAUGGAUAAUGGGAACCGGGAUGGGCUCGAUAUGAAGCUUGACAAAUUAAAGGCACAGCAGGAAGACGUACGAUUAAGCCAUCAGCAAGCGCAGCGAGAAUGGCAUCAAAUGUUCCACAAGGUAUGGGGACAGCUGAUGAAGACGGGCUAUCAGAACUCUCGGUUUGCACAUCAGGUUGAGAGAUUUGCUUGUCUUUACACCAGCCAAGUGACGAAUUUGAGCCUAUACUCACCCGACAAAUACUACCGGCCAAGUGAAGAUUUCAUGCCCCACGAAUUCGACAUUCUUUCCAUAUGAAAAUCAUGGAUGCUGAUGCUGCUGCUGCCAUGGCCGUAUACUAUCAUGGUUCCUUGCAAUUGUACAUUGCUAGGAUGACGAUUCGAGUUCGAUUCGAUUCGUCGGUAGGAUACUUUCUGGAAUCUCGCUGAUGGUUAGAAGAGGUAUAAACUGAUUGGAUUGAAUCAAUAUCUCAUAUCCAAAUUUAGUUUAUUAACCUUUGUUUCGUAUGUUUGUCUGUUAAGAAGUUCAGAUUUUUUUUUCUAUGUUAUUUUCUAUAAAGAAAUAUAUUCAAAAUCAAAUU